AUGCGCAGGCGCGCGCUGCGUCGCCAGCCUCGGGUCCGCGCGGCUGCCGGGAUCGAGGCGGGACACCGCGUGACCCGCCCGGGCCGGAGCGGGGGCGGCCGCGGCUUGUCGGCUCUUUCUGCCCAGAGCAGCGGCGUCAGGUCCAAGACCAUGGCCAUGAACCUUCUGGAAGAUUGGUGCCGGGGGAUGGAAGUGGACAUCCACAGGUCCCUGUUGGUCAUAGGCAUCCCAGAGGACUGUGGACAUGCAGAAAUUGAGGAGACCUUGAGUGGGGUCCUCUCUCCCCUGGGCACGUACCGCGUGCUCAACAAGAUUUUUGUGAGGGAGGAGAAUUCCAAGGCUGCCCUCAUCGAGGUGGGCGAGGGUGUGAAUCUGAGCGUCAUACCCCGGGAAUUCCCGGGAAGGGGCGGUGUCUGGAGAGUGGUCUGUAGAGACCCCACCCAGGAUGCUGAGUUUUUAAAAAACUUGAACGAGUUCCUGGAUGUUGAGGGGCGCACCUGGGAGGAUGUGGUGCGCCUGCUCCAGCUCAACCACCCCUCGAGGUCCCAGAACCAGAAUCAGCCCCCCGAGAACUGGGCAGAAUCUCUGGGUGUGCUCCUGGGCGCGGUGGUGCAGAUCAUCUUCUACAUGGAUGCCGAGAUCCGCAGUCGCGAGGAAGCCAAGGCGCAGGAGGCUGCUGAGUUUGAGGAGACCACGGCCUGGGCUCUAGCAGCAGGGAGGAACGUCAAGAAGGAGCCAGGGCUGGUGGCAGAGGUGGGCUCUGCCUUGAAGGUGGAGAACCCCAACAACUGGAAUGAGAUGGAAAACCAGGGUGACCCUCCCAAGCCUUUGGUUCGCAAGGCUGGAGCUAAGACUCGCUCCAGGAGAAAGAAGCAGAGGAAAACUCCCAAGCAGGAGCCAGUGCCUUGGAAAAAGCCCAAAGGCAGCCACGCCAGCGGCUCGGCCUGCUCGGAGGAUCCUGGCGAUGAAGGCAUGGAGGUCUCAGAAUCUCUCAAGAGCAACAGAAAGCCCUGCGUGAAGCAGGAGGAGGUGGCUUUGAAGAAGCCCAUGGCCAAAAGUGCCGGGAAGGCUCCCAGAGCGCCCCUUCCCGAGGCCCCUGCAGAAGCUGGGAGCCAUGGCGCCGCCUCUGAGUCAGACCAAGAUGGCAGCCAGCAGAGCCCCCGGAAGAAGAAGGCCGUGGGCUGGGCCUCUGCGAAGAACCCAGCCCCCAUGAGGAAGAAAAAGAAAGUGAGCUUGGGCCCUGUCUCUUACGUCCUCGUUGAUUCCGAAGAGGGCAAGAAGAAGCCCGUGAUUCCCAAGAAGGGACCAGGCUCGAGAAAGGAUGCGACAGUUCAGAAGGCCCCUCGCGGCCCGAGGCACACUGAGUCACCAGCCUCAACGUCCAGGGGUCCGAGAGCCAAGCCGGAAUGCUCUCGUGGUGAUGCCAAUGAAUCCAGAAAGCUUUGAUUCGCGACACCACCCGUACCUGAGGAGUUGAAAGAAGACCAAGGAAGAAGUUCCAAGGCAGGAGCCAGAUUUUCUCUUGUCACUGGAGGAAAUAAGAUUUUUGACUCUUUUAGGGACCCAGUUUAUAGAUAUCUGACUCUCAGAGGUAAACGGUAGGUGAGAUCUUAGGUGGGAGGUAUGGGGGGGGAGCUAUGGCUCUGUGCCCUUCUCUCUACCAAGCAUGCUUUUUCACCUCCUCCUCCACUCACCUUCAGAGGCAGGAGAGUUGCUAAGUGUGUUGGGAAAAUUCUAGAACAUUCAUUCCCCAUUCAUCAUGCAUGGGAAGGGCCCCUGUUACACUUAUCCGUGUUCAGCCUUUCUCCCCAACUCCCUGCUUCCUCCUUGGACUCCUGCAUGGUGAGUGACCUCUGCAGGGCUGGGGACUUUGAAAAGCCAGGCAACUGUUUUGUCCCCUCCAGCCGCUCUCCUGCGACCAGCGGGUAAGUUAAGCCAGGACCUUUGACGCGUACCUGGCUGGCUUGGUCCCAAGAGUGGCACGGUCCCAAGAGUUGGUUGUAGGGGAAAAGACUGUCUGCUUAGGCCUUGAAGUAUUUGAGUUUUAGAGUUUGUUAAUAAAAAUGGCACUUUGAUUCCCAUUUGGGGUGAGCCUCUCAGGAAGCCUCUGGAGAUGAGAGAUGACUGGCAGGGAAGGACUCUGGUGUUCCUACGUGUCCCGCUGUGCAGCUCAGAUUGUAUCCAGUACACCCACCCACCAGCCUGGCACCAUCUUUGAACCUGAAGGCCUCUUCUCACAUUAUAGUAAGAGGGGAAGAAAUCUUUUUAAAAUUAGCUAAUUUUAAUUCCUGCCCUCUGAAUUUAGAUGCUAAAUUAGACCAGACUACCAUGUGUCAUCAUGUGUGUGCAUGUGUAGGGGGAGGGCAGGAGCCCCAAGAUCUCAGUGGUUUCUGGACUGUAUCCCGGGGAGUCCCCAAGGCAUCCACAAAGAUAUAAUCCAAAUCUAUUUUUUUCGUGUACUUUAAAAAAACUGUGAAAAAUGACUACUCAGAUCUGUUAUAAACCAAACCAGUCGCAUUGAAGACUAUCAGAAUGUCACCUUGCAUUCAUAGGUUAACUUGUUUUCGCCCAGGUCUCGAGUUAGUUGUUUCUGUGUAUUGAAUUUCUUGUAAAUGUGACUCUAAUAAGCAAGGUAGGAUGAAAGAAAUCCAGUCCUGUGCAUGUCCUAUAAGCCAGCACUCUUGAAGAAAAGUUUCCUUUUGUAAUUCACACGCCCCCAUGCUGCUGUCAUGCUUCAGUCAUGUGAUAGCAAGUAAAUGUAUUCAUAUGGCGCAACAUAAUAAUAUAUUCUGUCCUAGAGUCUUAGGCCUUGUAAGUUUUCAGGGUAUCUUUUCUGACUUCAAUCUUUGUGAUAAAAAUGUGAACACAGUCGUUAGAUGUUGUCAGUGAUUCAACUUUAAAACCAAUUUCUUUGUGACAAUUUCUUUCAAAAACCUGGAUGAGUCUAAUUGAAGAUACAGAAAAAGAAUAGUUUCCGUUCGCAGCUACCCACCUAUGUGCAUCAAGGAUUCCCUUGGGUGAGUGCAAGACAAGACCCGGAAGUAGAUUGGACUCCAAGCUGCUGGAAGCCUGUGACCGCCCAGCUCCCAUUUUGAAAAUCUGGUCCUCUAGGGCUUCAUUGUGUUAGCAGAUUGACACCGUGAUUAUUAAAUGUAAGUGUACACACAUGAAAUAAAGUUUAGCAAAUUAA